AUGCCUCAAACAAAACCAAAAGACCCCAACGCGUUUCCCACCCGGCAAUUGGCCGUCCUUGCAAUAUGUCGCUUUUCCGAGCCCAUUGCCUUCAACUCCAUCCUGGCCUACACCUACACCAUGGUCCUGGAUCUCGGAAUGGGUGAGGCAGACGCCGCCUUCUACGCCGGCCUGCUCAUCUCCGCCUACGCUGUUGCCGAGGCCAUCACCUCUAUGGCCUGGGGCGCCCUGUCCGAUCGUAUCGGCCGCAAGCCCGUCGUGCUGUUUGGCCUCGUCGGCGUCGCCAUCUCGAGUCUGAUUUUCGGCCUGGCAAAGACAUACUGGGUCGCUCUGCUCGCCCGGUUCGUCGGUGGCGCCCUCAACGGCAACGUCUCCGUCAUGCAGACCAUGGUCGCCGAGAUGGUUAAGAACCCAGACCACGAACCCAAGGCUUACGCCGUCCAGCCCUUCGUCUGGACCUUGGGCGGCAUCCUUGGCUCUGCCAUGGGUGGCUUCCUAGCCCAACCCGCCGUCCAGUAUCCUUCGCUCUUCUCCCAGGACGGUAUCUUCGGUCGCUACCCGUAUCUACUUCCUAAUCUCGUAUCCGUCGUUGCCAUUUCCCUGGCCGUCAUCCAGGGCAUCUUCUUCCUGGAAGAAACGAAAGAGGACUUUGGGGACGACGACCAGCACUACCACGGCCGCAACAGCGUCGCUGUGGAUGACGAUGACGUCACCGACGAGAACACACCGCUGCGCCGCGCGCCCAUCCGCGCCUUCAACCCUCGCCGUUCGAUAUCCACGAGCCACUCGAGGCCGCGCUUCGCCGAGUCCAGCCUGCCUCUGCCCUUCGAGCACGAUUUCGACUUGAGGAGAUCGUCUUUCGGAACCGUCCACUCCAUCAAGGUCGUGCCCGAGGAUCUGCGACAGCACCUGUUGAACUCGCGCGCCCAAGCAACGGGCCAGAAGAAGACAAAGACCUUCAACAAGACAGUCGUCAUGCUCAUCAUCGCCCUCAUCAUCUUCUCUUACCAUCAGAUGGCCGCCGGUACCCUCUUGCCGACCUAUCUCCAGGCCAAGCCCCGACAGCCCCGGGGGCAUCUCGAUCUCGAAGGCGGCUUGGGCAACGAGGUUCACGACGUCGGUGUUUACCUGGCCAUCAACGGGCUCCUGGGUCUCGUCAUUCAGGGUCUGAUCUUCCCCAUCUUCGUCGAGCGCGUCGGUGUCUGGGGUUCCUUCAUCUCCAUGAUUGUCGUCUACCCGACGGCCUACCUCUUCGUACCCUUCCUCUCCGCCCUGCCCGAAGCCCUGACCGAGGCCGGCAUCUGGUUCUCUCUCAUCCUGCAGAGCUUCUACGGAAUUAUCGUCGGCCCCGUCACCCUGAUCCUGAUCAAGAACGCGACACCGACGUCGCAAGCGCUCGGAAAAGUCAACGGCCUGGCCAUGUCCGGCGCUUGUCUUGCGAGAACCGUCUCCCCGCCAUUGGUGGGUGUCAUCUACAGUUUCCUCGGCUCCGGCGCCGCCUGGUUUAGCUGCGCUUUGUUUGCCUGUGUGGGCAUUGCCCAGGUCUUCUGGGUGCCCAAGAAGCACAUUGACGUCGACCACGUCGAGAUCGGCAACGCCAUCUCUAGACGUUUCUCCGUCACUUCCCAGAGGCGCGAGAGCCAUCAGAGCAUCGAAGCGUUCCGGGGCCGACACGCCAAUGGCGAUGUCUAG